GCAGAUGGGAUCUACGAAACGGUUUGACGCACUCUGGCCCGUUUUGUGCACGGUGUUAUAACGAGGCUUACAAAAAAAAAAAAAAAAUAAAAAAUACGAGAAAUCGAAAACAAAGAAAAUAUAAUUUAAAAAAAAAAAGAAAAAAGGUGAAAUUUUUCCAGUUGUUUUCGAGAUUCGCUUGUAUUUGAUCCAACAAGUUCAUUUCAAAAUUUUUCGGCUGAUGACCGUUUGAUCAAACAAAACCAGAAGGGAACUAUACACCCAAAGUGACAACCUAACCACGGAUACCUUCAACAGUUAUUUCCAUUUAUUUCGGUGCACGAAAAAUAUUAUUAUUAUUAUUUUUUUUUUCGAAUAUUAAAAAGAAAAAAAAAAAAAAAACUCGUCCGCUUUUCACACACGGCCGGAUCGAAUCGCGUGAUUUCAAUAACACUCCGUCGUACUAAUUGCCCACCCGCGCGCGUUUCGUUCCCAAAAAAAAACAAAAAAACAUCCAUCCUACCGUAAUCCGACCCCCCUCUCCUUUUAUUCGUGUGUGUGUGUGUGUGUGUGUGUGUGUGUGUGUGUGUGUGUGUCUGUGUUUGAUUUGGCUCUCUCUCACCUUUGGUUCUAAUUCCACCCCUUUUUAAUUAAUCGAUAAUUAUUUAAAAAGAAAAAAAAAAAAAAAAAAAAAAGAACAAGAGAAAUUUAAAAAAAAAAAAAAAAAAAAAAAAAAAGAAUGACUCUUGUUUUCUCUACACUGUGUGAUGCCGUCGACUGAAGCUGUGAGCGGUUCAGUCACGGCUUCAGUGUCGGUUGGUGUUGACCAAUGCUGCGGCAAACGGUCGCCGCCGCCGAGUGUUGCCCUUACCAAGUGACGUCGUCGUUGUGGGCCUACGGCCGCAUCGCGCCUCUCUUAGCGUGUCCAUUGGCUCCGCCGGCACCGCCCUGCCAAUUCAGCAGCAGUUGGAUAAACGGUCGGGGGGCUUCUGUGUAGCCAUGCACAUCAGUGUCGUUGGCCAAUUCCCCGAUUUGCCGUCGUCGCCGUCGUCGUUCUCUCUCGCGUCCCGGUUUCUGCGCUCACCUCGCAGAGCCACCCCAUCGCAUUUGUGGUGCGCUUGUGCGCCGUGUUUCUUGACUCAGCUGCUCCUCUGUGACGGCCAACUGCAAAGGAGCUUCGUCCUCCAGCCAUCGGCCUCCAGGUGGCAAGAGCCUAGUAGAGCUGCUCUUAGUGAACGUCUUCAUCUGAGCCGGCAGCCGCCGACUUGCUGCACGACCCAUUGCGCUCUGACGCGCUUCUUUCUCGUUCCUCUUCAGCUUGCCUUACUCUGGACCUUGCUGUUGAAGCCAAACUGAGCCUUUUUUUUUUUUUUUUUUCUCUCUCUUCCGAAUUGCCUUUCAAAAAAAAAAAACAAACAGACAAACUCAAUUUCAAAGAAAUCGCCAAUUUAGAACAAAAGAAAAAAGGAAUAGAAAGAGGAAAUAAAAACAACAAACGAAAAUAACCGGGGCUCGUUGAUUUCUGCUCAGCUCGCAUUGCAACUGUGCCUUGUCCCCCCCCCCCCCCCCCGUUGUUUGUUGUUGACUUUGGUUUUUGAUUUCUUUCGACGUGUUAAAUUUUUCUUCCUUCUUCUUCUUCUUUCUCGUCUUCUCGCAAUCAAAUUAGUUGGGACAUUGAGUCUCGUAACGGCCAGAAGACUUCCCAAAUUGCCUUGUUGGAAGCCGUAACCACCCACCCUCUUGUGUCCAUCAGCCGCCCUCUCCCCGCUUCUUCUCUCUUUAAAAAAAAAAAAAAAAAAAAAUUAAAUAAGAAAAAAAACAAAAACCAACACUCUAUCCCACCCCUUGUGCUGCUGCAACUGCAACACCAAUGUGAAACCCUGAGUGGGAAACUUGAGAAGAAACGCGGGCACAAGACCAUUAGUCCCUUACUGGCGGGUGUCAUCGCAUUUGCUGUUAGGUCUUCGCAAGAAGACGCAGAAGCAGCCAUAAAAUUUGGAAUAAAAAGAAGAAAAAAGAAACACAAAAUAAUAAUAAAGGAAAUCCUUUGCUUUUAAAAAGAAAAAGAAAAAGAACAACGAAAGGAUUCAAGAAAAAAAAAAAAAGAUAUAUUGCUAGUGCUUUUCUGAGCUUCCUCUGAUCAAAGAAUAUUUUCUAAUCCGUCUUUGACUAAAUCAAACCCCUUUCCAACCUACGUCUGGCCUUUUUUUUUUGUUUAUUUCCUAUAUUUUUUUAUUUUUUUAUUUUUUUUGGACUAUUAUUAUUAUUAUUAUUAUUAUUUUCUCGGAAUUGCAAAAUCGUUGGGUGGGGUAAUGAGUGGCAGGAACAGUGCGUCCGUUCAGCUGCUGUCAUUGGCCCCCAUCGAAUUGGACAAGCAACGGAUUUGUGUGCGAGCGACACGCAGUUUAGCGUCUGGAUUGAGCGCGUUUUUGUGUCGUACCGGCUCGUAUGUGUGACUCGUUGGCGUAGUGCCUUUGCGAAUUUGCCAGAGCUUCCGAGCGGCCUAGUCGAGUGCCCAGACAAGUUUUUUUUUUUUUUUUUUCAGUUGUGGUGCCCAUUUUUUCAUCGCUCAACAACUUCAGCCAUCCAUCAAGCGAUAGUGCUACUCACGGUGUGCGGCAAUAACUGCCGUCCAAAAAUCGUACUGUUGGGGUCGCCGAGGGCGGGGCCGUCAUGAUUCGUGGCCCUAGCCGUGGCCUCGGGACCUUCCGCUGUCGCUGCCGCUGGAUCCUGCUCGUUCCGCUCCUCGUCACUCACCUCCUCCUCUUGUCGGCACAGGUAGAGCCAUCGCGCGCCACCUCCGCUGCCACCGGCGAACGGGAUCUUUCGUCCGCAUCAGCAGGCAGCAAUAAUUACAUUGCCUUAACGAGGGCCGAUCCUGGUGCUCACACACCGCCAACCGUCUCCAUCUUCCAGCCAAUACAAACGCCCACCAACAUGGUGGUCGCACCUGGUGGCUCCAGCGUUAACAGUGGUGUGUCCCAACAUCAUCACAGCCGUUUUCAGCAUCAUCACCAUCACCACCACCACCAACAGCAGCAGCAGCAGCAGCAACAGCAGCAGCAGCAACAAGUAUCUCCGCUAGUAGCUCACAAUUACGGAGGAUACAAACCAGCAGCGCCGUCCAAAGAAAGCGGCAGUGGAAGCGGCACGGAAGAAGGUUCGAUUCUCCGACUCUUGAGCAAAAACAAUCUUUACAUACAAAGUUUCCCCAAUGGGACCGUCAGCGCCACAGGACAAGACUCCAGUUUCUACUCUGUUUUGAAGCAAAAAGCAGUCGGCUUUGGAAGAAUCUACAUCCAAGGAGUCGCGUCGCGUCUCUUCAUCUGCAUCAACGAGUGCGGAAGGCUCUAUGGCUCUGAGCAUUUGGAGCAAGACUGCAUCCUUCGAGACCAAAUGGAAGGCAACUGGUACAACACGUACACGUCCAUCAACCACUCGACAGCCGAAAAGUCUUUGUAUAUGGCUUUUAACAGUAACACGGGCUCUCCGUGUCGGUUACGACUGAAAAGCGAAAUGACAAGUGACGGCCGUUCGAUAGUGGCCCUAGGCAGCAACGAGAAAUACGCUCUCUUUUUCCCCGUGCGCAACAUAUCAUUGCCGGAUGGAAUGAACCUAACUAGUCUGAUCCAGCUGAAUAAAAGGAUUCCCUUUGUGAAGAACAGCGUCAAGCCAACUGGUUGUGCUCCUCGUUGCUCCAAGUCGUCUGACCAGUCCAUAAAAGCCGAGACUAGCUCCAAUCGAGCCAGUAGCAAAGAGAAAUCCAAGAGGAAAAAUAAGUGUUCCUGUCUUUCCAGUGAGACUCCAGCCCAAGGCGGAGGCAAUGUGGAAAGAUGUCGGAGACCACGCCAAUGUCGGCCGAAGACAUCGGGCCAUCAGCGCGCGGCAAAGAGCCACGGAGAAAGCGGCAGCGGCAGCGGCAACGGUGGUAGCCCCGUUGCAACGCCGGCACCCGGAUGGAACCAGCCGAAGCGACCCGAACGCCUUCCACGGAAAGAAGGACGACAUCCAAAACCGAAACGCGUCAGUCCUGAAAACAGCGCCUCGGACGUCAAUUUGCUAUCCACCGAGGCGCGUUUAUUGAGUCCAAUCGACCGGCUAGAAGGCGAUCCUUCCUCCGUCAAAUGGACGGUGGAAAGCGAUAGCCCUCCCAAUGGCGGCAAAAAUCCAAAGAAAUCGACGUCACCAUCGGUGAACCAUCGGGACCGUAACGCGGAGCAAUCUGGCAAGAAAUCGAAACAUCGACGCGGAAAGAAACCAAACGAAGAAGAUAGGUCGCCAUCCGGUACUAUCUCGAAUCCAGCCAAAGAUAGAACCGCUAUCGGCGUCCGUCAAGAUCGAACAAUACGAUUGCCACACAGGAAAAGCGACAGCCGGUUAAUACGACACAGGUAUAGGAAGAUUCGUGCCCAUCCGGAACUCGCCCAACAGCUCGACGCCAUGUCUUAAGACAAGCCAUUUUUGCAGUCGAGACUGUAAUAAAGAAUCAAACCAAAGCCAAAACAACAACAAAAAAAAAAAAAAAAAAAAAAAAAGAA